GAUACCUAACCCUGCAACAACUAUAAUAUAAAUCAUUUGUCCUCUGAUCGUCGUGUCGUUUUGCCGCUUUGUUUAUUAAGAGAAAAAAAAAUCUUAAUGUCAUAAUACUUGAAAUAAAAAUAAUUUCUUUUUCGGUACUUAAAAAAAAAAUUUUUUUUUUCCAAUAACAAAUGAAAAAAUGAUUGUUUGGGAAAGAUUUCGUAAUCAUUGUGCAUGGAAUGGUGGUGCUAAACAAAUUUCCAUCGAUGCCGUGAUACCGAUUUUUAUGAUACCAAUAUUAACAAUAAUUGCUGCACAAUCAUUAUUAUGUACCGUUGCAAUAUUUUUAAUAACACCACCGCUUAUUUAUUAUUUACAUCAUAAUUUCCUUCGAUUUAUAUUGAGAACAAAAUUUUUUUUUAUCUGGACAGUGACGAGUGUGCUUAUGAUGAUGCUUGUCUUUGAAUUGAGUGUUGUGCCAUUGCUUGAAAUUUUACCGGAGGAAAAUUUUAUAUUUAUGAUUUGUGUUGUCAGUGGUUUAGCGUUUGGCUAUAAAACACGUUUAUUGGCCGAUCAAUUUAUUCAAGAUGGAAAUUAUGUUCAGGGUUUAGAACUCGGUGAAGGAAGUGGUGAAUUAUGUCCUAGUUGUAGACGACGCACACCACCAAAAGGAUUUCAUUGUCGUCUUUGUCAAACGUGCAUUCUUGGACGUGAAUAUCAUUGCAAAUGGUUGGAUUGCUGUAUAGGUGCCAGUAAUUUACGAUGGUAUCUGGCAUGCCUAUUUUUUUCAGCGAUUGCUUUUAUAUAUGGUUCAAAUUUAACAAUGACCUCCGUAUGUCAUCCGUUUAUUUUAAUUGGAACUGUUUUACUGCCAGAUGAUUGCAGUGAUGUCUAUCAAGAAAUAGAUAUUGCUGUGUGCUUUAUUUCGUCAAUCUACAGUUUAAUUGUUGGUCUAGUCAUAACAUGUUAUCUAUUUUAUCACCUUUGGUUGAUAUAUCUUGGGACAACGUCCAACGAACGUCGUAACCUGGGAAUGGAGAGCCGUUGUGACGAUGGAAUGCUAAAGAGUGUCUCUCGACUCUUUUGCUGUAAAAUAUGAAGAAAAAAAGAAUUGUUUACUUUUUUUCCAUCAAAUAGUUAAUAUUACAACGUAUUAAAAUUCUCUUUGUUUAUUUUUUUUAUUAUCAAUUCGAAGCUGUGCAGAAGUAAAAUUAGAUUUCGUCCAUUUUUUAGAUGAAAUCUAAUUUGAUUAAUAGGCCAAAAAGAAAAAUAAUUUAGAAAAGAAAGAGAGAGAGAGAGAGAGAGAGAGAGAGAGAGAGUCAUUUUUUUUACUGUUAAAAAAAAAGACGACGAAACGAGAAAAUUUGUUUUUAACUUAUUUUUUAGUAAUUGUAUAAAAAUAUAUUUUUAAUUCACUAAUAGAGACUGUAAAUUGAAAGUUCUUAAGGAUCUGUUAUUGUCUUUUUUUUCGUUUUAUAAGCUGAAAGCUAAUUUGCCAAAAUGGUGUUAAAAAAAUUCACUUUUUGAAUUUUUUUCCCACUGCUCAGCAAGAAUGAAAAAUAUUUGUACAGAUUUUAUUUUAAUUUAUAAUUAGUAAAUUAAAUUAGAAAUAUUUAUAAUUUUACACACGGAAGAAAAAAAGAAAGAAAGAAAGAGACGUGUCACAUAUUUUAAACAGUAUUUUAUGAAUAUGAGUAAAAAAAAUGUGAUUGUAAAAUGGGAUUAUGAAAGUGAAAUAGAAAACUGUAAGGAAUUUCAUCGUAAUAUUUGUAAUAUAUAUCGUCCUCAUUAUGAGAUCAAUAAAAUUCAUCCAUUAAACUCUCAUUAAAACUCUCAUUAAAGCUUAAUAGAAAUAUCUUUCAAAAUUUUUGAAAAACUUAACUAGAAACGCACAUUAAUUAAUUUUAAUAAUAUUGUACGAAUUUAAAAAUUUUAUUUAUUUCUUUUUUCAAAUAAUAUUUUUUAAAUAUUAUUUUAUAAAUAUUUAUAAAUAAAUGUAACCUUCUUUGCGUGGUAUUUAAUUCUUAUUUAAAAGCACAAAUAAAGUUUAAAUAUAUUUUUUUUUAUUUUAAAAAUCAUUUCAUCACAUAUCAUUGAAAGAAACUAUUUAUAUAGAUUAUAAGUAAAUUUAGGAAAUUGUCAAUAUAUGAUUAAAGAAAAACAGUCUUAAAUAGUUUGACCUGUAAAAAAAAUAUGAUAAUAAUCUUCGAUGCUCAUAUAAUUAAAAAUUGCAGGCAAAUUAUGUAUUUUUUAGUGAUCUCAUUUUUCUUCGAUUCCUUGAUGUGUACUUUUAAUAUAUAUGUAUACAAUAUUAUAUAUAUGUUACCGGUAAAACCCGAAGUCCAGGCAUUUUGCGAAAUGCCUAGGCAAAUCGGGAAAUACCUAAAAGUGGCCAGGAAAUUCGAGUUUUACCUAGAAAUUUUAGGCAUUUCUCAAAUUGCCUAGGUAUUUCGCGAAAUACCUAGUCAUUUCGCGAAAUGCCCAAGUCGAUUUAGGCAAAAUGAAAAGUUGAUCAUUUGUAAGCUGCGCAUACUAAUGUAAACAGAUUGUUUACAAAAUUAUUAGUCUAUUACACUGUUCGACAAAAUAUUGCUACAAGAAUACGUCUCAAUUUUGAGAAAAACGGGGUCAAAGUAUCAAAAUAUGCCAUUUUUAGCACUUUUUGAAGCACUAUAAAAAAGAACGCGAUGUGAUAGAAAGCUCAAAUAUGUCUUAAAUAAGAGCUCGAACCCUCAACUUUAACAUCCAAAAGCAAAAAGCCAAGUAGAAAUAACUUAAAAUUGUGGGGAACAACUUUUUAUUAAUUUACCCUAUAUGAUCGCUAACUAAAAUAAUAGCUGAUGGGCGCGCACGCGGUAAAAAGUUGUUCACCACAAUUUUGAGUUAUUUCUACAUAGUUUUUUGUUUUUAGAUUUUAAAGUUGAGGGUUCGAGCUCUCAUUUAAGACAUAUUUGAGCUUUCUAUCACGUCGCGUUCUUUUUUUUAUAGUGCUUCAAAAAGUGCUAAAAAUGGGAUAUUUUGACACUUGGACCCCGUUUUUCUCAAAAUUGAGACGUGAUGGGACAAUUUAACUUACAGAUUCGUAAUCUACGGCGAAAAUCCCGUAAGUUUGACAUGCUGCAACAAAUAACCAGCAAAAAAUAUAUGUUCACAAUUAAGGUUUCAAUAAAUUUUUCAAUUUGCCUAAAUCGACUUCGGCAUUUCGCGAAAUGCCUAGGAAAUUUACGAAAAUGCCUAGGCAAUUCGGAAAAUACCUAAAAAUGUCUAGGAAAUUUGAGUAAUACCUAAGAUUUUAGGUAUUUCCCGAUUUGUCUAGGCAUUUCGCAAAAUGCCUGGACUUCGGGUUUUACCGGUAACAUAUAUAUAUAUAUUAUAGAAACAAUGUGAACAUUUUUCAUCGUAAUAACUGUGAUAAAGCGAUAAAGUGGCCAUUGUGUAUAAUUAUUGCAAUAAAUACUAAUCGAUUGCUAAA